AUGAUUAGUAAAUCUAAAAAGUAUCAUUUUGAUGCAAAUGAUGCCUUGAACUUUUUAGAUUAUUUAAAAGGUCUCUUAUUAUUUAAUCUAAGUGAAUCUUAUUACUUACCUCCUGAAAUAAUUGAAGAGUUUAAGAAAUAUAUUAAGACCAUUUCUAAUGAAGAUAAAAUAAAAUUUAUUGAUGACUUUUUAUUUCCAGCUUUAGAUAAGUUAAUAUCUAAUAUAUGUAUAGCUGAUUUAAUAUCUAUAAUAUUAUCAGAUUCAUCUAUAAGAGAAAUUAUACAAGAAAGUAAUAAUGAAGAGAAAUUUUGGAGUAUUAUAAAACCAUUAUUAGAUGUAGAUAAAUGGACAAUAUUAGAAACUAAAGAGAAAUGUACAAGAUUUAUAUUAUUAUAUAAUUUACUUGAAUUUCCAAAGUUUUUUGAAUUAUUUUCAGUUAAAGUAGAUUCUUUAAAAAUAUAUAUGAAAUAUUUACCUAAUGAAACAAGAUAUGUGCAAAGAUAUUUCAUUAAUUUUAUAUCAAAAUCUAUAAAUAUAUGUCAAUGGCGUUAUAUAAUUUCUGAAAUUAUCUUUGAAUUUGAAGAAGAAGUUAUGAAUAAAUAUUUAUAUAAUAAUGAAUCUGAAUACUUAACUUUAUUAUAUUAUAAGGAGAUUAUAACAAAUAAGAAUAUUUAUAAAGUUUUAUUUAAUUUUGGAUUAGAUAGUAACUCCAAAUUAAUUAUUAAAAAUGAUAAAAGAAAAGCUGAAAGUAGAAUAAUCUUAAUUUUUCAAUUAUUAUUUAAAGUAAUUAUGGAUAAAUCAAGAAUAUUUUCAGAUCUAGGUUUGGAUUUUAUUUGCAGUAUUAUUAAGAAUAUAAAUGAUGAUAUUACUAUAAAAUAUUUUGAGAAUUUUAUCAUUAACAUUAUAAAUAAAAUAAAUAUUUGUAUUAAGAAUUAUAUGAAACUUAAAUAUAUGAAUAAAAAGUAUGGUGAUAAUUUUUUAAAAUAUCUUAAGAUUAUAAAUAUAAUAUGUUUAAAUUUUAAUAUUAAAAAAUAUAUUGAUAUAUAUUUAAUUUAUAAUUUACAGAAGUUACUAUAUUUUAUUUUAAAUAAGCCUAUAAGUAACUUUGAAAUUCAAAUGAAUUCUUUAAUAUUAGUUCAAUUAAUUCAAUUAUUACCAUUAUUAAUAAAUAAAAUAUAUAUGGAAGAAUAUAAAGAUAUAAAUAUAAAUUAUAAUCCAAAUUUAUUUAUAAAAUAUGGACCUAUUAAAGAUGAUGCUAAUAUGUCGGAAAUUCAUUAUUUAGAUCGAGAGGUAACUCUUAUACCUUGUGAGACAUCUUCUGAUUCAGAAAAUCAUGAAUAUAAUAAAUAUGAUGGAGAUGAUCAUUUAGUAUAUAAUCAUGGAGACAAUAAUUUAAUAUUACAAAAAUAUUUUCAUAUAUUUAUAAAGAUACUUGUAUAUUUUCAAAAUAAUUUUGAUCAUUUAUGUUCUUUAUAUAAUUUUCAAGAACCUACAAUGAUCAAUUAUAUUAUUGAAUUUAUUAAAGUUGAUGGAUUAAAAAUAUAUUCUUAUUCAUUAAUACAUAAUGAAUUAUUGAAUAUAAUACAAAAUUCAAUAAGAGAUUAUUCAAUAAUGAGUAGUUGGAAAAUUGAAUUAACAAUUAAAAUAAUGAUAGAUAUGAUUAAUAUAGUAGAUAUUAAAUUAUCUACAUCUCUUCAAUUUUUAAAUUUAAUUAAUGAAUGGUUUUAUAAAAUAAUAUUUUAUAAUCAAGGUAAUAAUUAUUUUAAAUUAUAUUGUAUAUCUGGUCCAAAUAUUAUUCUUUCUUGUUGUAAUGCAAUUAAUAUUAUUAUAAACAAUAUUUAUAUUAAUCAUAUCCAUUAUUGUAAUAUAUUUUCUAAUUUAAUAAAUGACAUAAUUAUUAGCUGUUUAAAUUAUAGACAUUCAAAAAUCGUCUUAAAAAGUACAAAGGUUUAUCAUGAUGAUACAAUUGAAGUACUACUUAAUAUAACUGAGAUAUUAAUUAAAAGACCUCAAAUCAACGAAUUUAUUACUUUGAAAUCAUCAAUAUUGGAUUAUAUGGAACCAUUUAUAUUAAAUAAUAUAUCAAGUACAGGUGUGAAAUUAAUUUAUAUUUUAUUAGCUAAUAUAAUUCUUUCUAUAGAUAAUAUAGAUAUGAAUAAAAUAGAGUACAUCGUUGAAUUGGUUAAUAAAUAUGAAGUACCAGAUAUUAUAAGAGAUAGUUUUGAAACAUUUUAUAAUAUUUAUACUAUGAGAUGUAAGUGGUUAGAAAGAGAAAUUCAUAUUUUAAAACCUGAAGAUUUAAAAUAUGGUAAUUCCUUUUAUUUUAAUGAAGAUCAUUCAGUUAUUGACAAUGAUAUAUCAUUAGAAAAGCUUAUACAACAUUUUACAUAUUGCUCAUUAGAGUGCAGUGGUGAUUAA